CCGCCAUUCUGGCCGGGCAUGAGCCGGGAGGAGACGGGAGAGACAACUCAGCAUCCUGCUCCGCCGCCGCCGAUGCCGGGCCGUGGCACCCCGGUGGAAGAGGAGGACCCGUCGGGCGGCGCGCUAUCCGGCAUCCCUCUCAUCAGGAGGGGUCGGGCUCUCUCCGGCGACACGGGUCUGAAACACCUGCGUCGGCUUCCGGAGAGCGCCAUCGCGCCCGUGCAGGCGCCGCCGACGGACGAGGCGGUGCUCGAGCGCGUCUCCGCCGUGCUGCGCCGGCACCCCUCGUUUGCGCGCCAGAUUGUCAAGCACCUCAAGACGGCCGGGCCUUCGCCGCCGACCACGCCUCCGACCACGCCUCCGGGCGGGGGCUCGCCGUCGCCGUUCAAGGUGCUGGAGCGGCGCGCGUGGUUCUCGUCGCCCCUCUCCGCCUCCCGCUCCAGCGGCGGCGCGACGACGCCCGCAGCCGCCUCUGCGACCGGAAGCGGCUCCGCCUCGAUUGGCAAGACGGGCCGGUCGACGAGCGCGGUGGAGGGCGCGCCGUCGACGCGGGGGUGGAGGCCAGUGUGGCGCCGCUCCUUUUACGUCGUGACCACCCUCUCCCUCGUCGCGCUCUCGCGCCAGGUCUACACGGAGCGGCGGAAGCGACUCGAGUACGAGACGCUCAAGGCGCGCAGCCGGACGUUUGGGCAGGCCGUGCGCUCGGCGCUGACGAUGCAGACGGGCCUCAUCGUCGUCAACCUCGUGCUGGCGGCGCGCGGCGUGCAGAUCUGGAGGCUGAUCCACAACCUGCAGGUCAUCGAGUGGGUCCAGCGGCUUGCGCCCGCGAUGCCGGUGACGACGCGGGUGGUCGACGGCGUCAAGUGGGCCACGCUGCCCGUGCGGCGCGCGAUGCGCAUCCGCACGCUACCCGGCAAGCCGAUCGCCGCGCUGCGAGCAAACCUGGCGGCGCAGCGGGCGGCGCGGGAAGCGGUGCGCCUCGAGCUGCUCAAGCAGGCAGAGGCUGCGGCGGCGCGCAAGCGGUGGAGCCUGCUGUACCCGCUCUCGCCGAUGCUCGCGCCUCCGGUUCGCACCGCGCAGCGGCACGCGCGGUACGUCUCCCGGCAGGUGGAGGGCACCUCGCGCUACGUCUACCGGCAUGCCGGCUGGCUGCGCGACGGCGCGGGCGCCGCCGCCGCCGAUGCGCAGCGGGCGUUUUGGGCGCCGCGAGCGUCGUCGCUCCAGUCGCGCGACGUUGCGUCGGCGGGCGCAAAGUUGGCGGCGGCGGCGGCGGCGGCGGGCGAGGCGGUGGCGAGCUGAGCCUCCGUCUCCCUCUCCCUCCUUUCCUCGCGCGGGCUCUCCCCCCCCCCCCCCCUUCCCUCCCUCCCUCUCCUCUCUUCUCUUCGUUCCCUCUCUCUCUCUCCUCUCCCCUCUCUCCUCCUUCCGAUCUCUUAUUUGGCGGGCUUGCUGGGAGCACGAGGCCGCGCAGCGCCGAGGCGGCUGCAGAGACGGCGACAGCCCGAGAGCUUCCUCGCGAGUUUCCUCGUCCCUCGUAGCCGUUCAAGCCUCUCGGCCAUUUCUCCCGCGCACGGGUCUCGGUGUCGCUUCGCGACGCGGGUAGACGAGGCCGGUGCCGGGUCGCGCUCUCAGGGCUGCCGCUCUCACUCGCUCACGCCCAGCCUCCCGGCGGCUCGAGAGGGCCACCCUGAAAAUGUGUUCGACGUUGUUCUUGUUCCUUAGUUCCUUUUUGGGCUUUUCUUGUAUUUACAUGUGUCCCACCGUAUACUCUU